AUGGCGACCACAAAUGAGCCUUUCUAUGUGCGAUACUAUUCCGGCCAUUCGGGCAGAUUUGGACAUGAAUUCUUAGAGUUUGACUUCCGGGUGAUUGGCGAUGGACGAAGCGCUACGGCAAGAUAUGCCAACAACUCGAACUACCGCAAUGAUUCUCUGAUCCGCAAAGAAAUGUGCGUCAGCUCUCUCCUCGUAUCCGAAAUCAAGCGUAUCGUCAAAGACAGCGAGAUCAUGAAAGAAGACGAUUCGCGGUGGCCACAGAAGAAUAAAGAUGGCAGACAAGAGCUGGAGAUCAGGCUUGGAAGUGAUCACAUUCAAUUUGAGACUGCAAAGAUCGGGUCCCUGGGAGACGUCACCGAUUCGGCAGACCCAGAGGGACUCAGAGUGUUCUACUACUUGGUACAGGAUCUCAAGGCACUGGUUUUCUCGUUGAUUUCCCUACAUUUCAAGGUGCGUCUAUUCAGCCAGAUGUGGGGGAAGCUGCUGACAAUAUUGGUUUAG